AUGUUGGGCGUGGAGAGUCGGCGAGACUACAUGAUGGUGUUCGACGACACCGUGUUCUGUGCCGGCUACCAUUUACUUCACAACACCAAGCAAGGACGUCGGGUGGUCGGAGGUGUCUCGAAUCCCCUGCUUGAUCCAGAGCUGAGACCCACGUUGAGCAAAGAUGAUCUAGCCCAACUGGAACUUUUUUGGUGUCUCAAGCGAGUGGACACGAAUGCCGGCCUGUGGGCAGUGCGAGUGCAGCCACGGCGGCACAGGGAUGUGCAGGCGAACAGCCUCUUGCUGGAUCUGGGCACCCUCCUGCGAGAGUGCACAGUGGUCAACGGUCUGCCGCCACUUGUCGUGGCCGCAGACUCGCAUCCAGCGCACCAGCUGACCAUCCGGACAUUGUUGUGCACACAGCCGCCCCCGCGUGGCCAAUUCUGGCAAGACUGCGCCGCGCCCAAGAAUCUCGGCAUCAGAAUGUUCCCUUUCAACGCGCUGCACUGGAAGGGACACGCGCUAUUCAUGACGGUUGAUGCGCCCCAUGCUCUGAAAGCCAUGGGCAGGGCUCUGAGGAGCAGUGUGCGCGUGCUGCAGGUGGGCAGCGCCUGGUGCUGCACGGCAGCCUUGCUCCAUGGAUGCCCGAGGGCGCCGCUGGAGGCGUAUCUUGGAAAAGACAUGCAAAGCGAUCGUCAGGCUGCAUGGAUGUUGAAUGCAGGAGCAGUUCCAGACAACUGCUGGAAUGGAUCAGGCCUGGUCUUGCUGCAGUUUGUCCUCAGUGUGGUGUUAGCUCCGUGGCAUGCAGCCGCGAAGUUGAGCACCAUGCAAAUCUUCGAGUGUGCCGCCACCGGCUACUACAUGACCUUGCUCAUGGUGGCUCAGGCCCAGCAGGAUCAUGGCGUGCACUGGGAGAGGGCCUGCCUAUCUCGUCCUACCUCAGCCACCAUGGUGCAGCUGUGCGCAUGCGCUAUGGUGCGCGUGGCCCACUGGCCGUCGGAUGCACCUUACCAUCCGGACAAGACGCUGGAGCAUUCCCUGGAAUGCUGGUUCUCUUCCGUGAAAGCCGGACACCGGGGGAAUCCAAACGUCAAGGAUGCGAUUGUCGGGAUUGAUCAUGUCCACUUGAAACAGUACAAGACUCUCGGCAAAGGGGCUCGUGCAGUCCGGGGCUCACGCAGUCCACAGACGCCGUCUCCGCGGAUUCCUUGCGACAAGCAGCCGACGCAGCCGCAGCGCUCGGAACGGCUUGCACCUUCUUCGCCGCCUGCAGUGUCGACUCGACGCGAGAUGCUGCAGAAGUGGUGGGAUGGCUGCGGCAAGGAGCUGUUUGCGGGCGAGGCGUCCUUGGGCAACUGCGAUCCGGAUGAGAACGAUCCAGAUGAGUCCGACAUGGAGGACGCUGAAGACACUUCCGAGCAGCCCGUGCUGCAGCCGGAGGAUGAUGUCGACCCUGCCAACGAGCUGCUCUGUCUGGAAUUCCAGAAGGUGACCAAAGACAACAUGCAGAGGAUCAUGGACAGCGAGGAGACCACUGCGACAGAGGACACGAGUUUGGCUGGCCCAGACAAGGACGAGGGGGGCACCAACACACCCAAGACUCCUUCGCAGGUGCUUCGGGUCGCUGGCUUGUCUGCUUUCACAGGCAGCACCGGGAAGAAGGCAGAGGACAGUGCUUGCUUGGCUCGCAUCGCGCGCCUCCAGCGUCCCUGUCGUGGCUUCAUCUCCUUCGUGGGCGGUGCGUCGACGGAUCUGAAUGAUGCACAGCUCCUCGAGCACUGGUUGGCGCAGGCCAGGCAGCUCAUGGAGGCGAGUGGUCACAGAACCAGCCGCUUCUCAGCGUGGGCUGGGUUUGGCCAGGAGUGCCAACAGGUGAUUUCAGCGUCAGGGCACCAGCACAUGACAGCUAUCGAGGAGCUCCGUCCGCCGAACGUGCUCACACCGGAGGGUGGCCGCAGCUAUCAGGUGCUGGCUGUCCGGGAACACUCCAUGGCCAAGCCAAAGUUGGGCCUCGUAGGUGCUGCAUUUCGGGGCGUGCAGAAAAGCAGGAAAUCUGGCGGCACCAGAUCCCAGGCAACGGGAAACAUCGCCGGUUGCACCGUCAAAGCUGCACAGACUCGAAAGAUCCACGUGACAAUGCUGUCGCCUGGAGACACACCUGGACUGUUCAUCAGCUCCGUCCUCCAUCCGGUGCUGAAUUUGCACGUGCACUCCGAUUGUGUGUUGCUGGAGAUUCCGCCGAGUUUGUACGAGGUCCAAGAGCUUCCAGCCACCGUGCAAGUCCAUUUGUCCAAGGCGGCCCUCGCUGAGUGGCUGCACCUGCGAAAGCUCGAGGUGCCAAACAUGUUGGCAGCAUGCAAAGGAACUGAGACGGAGCUGAAACCCAUCUUCACCGCCUCCAGCUUCAGCAACACCAACAAGGGCCGAGCCAACAUAGCCAAAGCUUUCGAGGUCUGGCUGGA